ACCAAAUCUCCAUAGAAAAGAGAGAUAUGGAUAACACUUGUUGCCGUAUAAAUUCAUCUUCAUCAUCAUCUGCGUCUACACAGCACCAACUUGAAGAGUGAAAGAUAUGUCCACAGCUGCAUUUUCCAGAGGAGCACCCUCCAUGUUUUCCAAGCCGAUGAUGAUUCGGAAAGCCUACCAUAGGAAGAGCACUGGUAAUUCUUCUUCUGAUCAUACUUUGCGAGAGACGAGCAAUAAGGUGGAUGGUGAAGAAAUGAAGAUGAAGGAAAGACAAUUGGGAGAUGAUGGGAGUUGCUGUUGGGUUCCUCAUUGCAGGACCGGGAUUUUUUAUCCUAAGGGCCAAGAGAAAGUCAUGGAAGACAUUCCUCCUGAAGCUGCGAAGGAUAUUCCUGUUAUUAAUUACUUCUCACACAACUAAUGAUCGGCAAAUUUUAGAAUACAUCCGGUGCAUUACUCUUAUCAAAAUAUAAUUUUUCUUUGAAAUAUGAGAAAGAUCCCAUAUAAUUGUUAAUUAGAGGAUAUAUACUCUGGAUAUGCUGAAUAAUCUCUCUCAUAUUACAUAAUUUAAGAAUUAUUACACAAA